AUGAGUCGUUACAACGAGGUGAAGCUGCUGCUGAAGAACUGGGAGCAGGAUUUCGUCCAGCAGCACCAGAGGAAACCCAACAAGGAGGACGUUGAUCAAUCUCCAGAAGAGACCAGGAAACUGUAUAAAGAAUAUCGAGAUUUGAAACUAGCCAAAGAGAACAGCGGCGGUGAUGCAGCCUGCGAACGCAAUGAACAGUGUAAAACUACAAAGUCCGACUGCUGGGGAGCUCAUCUGAAUCGCAGUAUGAUGCCCGUGUCGAGUCCCAAACUGACAUCUGAGGACCGGGAUAGUCUAAUGGCCUCGUCCCAAUAUUAUGGGCUAAAGCUUAAACAGAACCUGGCUGAACUCAGUAAGGAGAAACCUGACUCCCUGAGGAAAUCAAUCCUUCCUGGUCGAGUUCCUCUGAACUUAUUAAAAAGUCGACAGAGUGGUGCAACAUGCAGCCCUGUUUCUGCUGCUGCUGUCACUGACAAGGCAAAAUUCACUGACCCUGAAUCCAGCCCCUUUUCACCGAGAAGAGUUAAGUCUUGUUUGGGGUCUCUGGCGCCAAAGAUCCAACAAUCAGAGGAAACCGAGGAGCCGUUUACACCUUUUGAACUUGUUAAAGAGUUUAGUGAUGAAGCUUCAGAUGCAGCUAGUAGUGGUAGUAUUACUAAAAUAGGUAAUAUAAGUAGUAGGGUUAGUACCAGCAAAGUGCUUAGCUCACAAAAUCUCAAUGUCUCUAGUCCCCGUUCCUCUUCAGCCAGAUCUUCUGCCUUGUUGUCGUUGUCUCCUCCACGUAAUAAAGAAACCUCAGGAGAAGGCUUUAGAACACCAGGAAAGUUAAACGACACUAUUGGAGCUUCAGACAAAAAAACAAAUUCUGAAACAAUAGGAACUCCCCGUCGUCAGUUUCUUGGAGGUUUCAGAGGAGGAAUGUCAGCUAGCGGAACCGAAGGAAGGCCCUCUCCUGUCAGCAGGCUGAGUUCUGUUGACACCAAGUGGCUGGAGAGAUGUCAGGUGUUUGGGGAGAUCGGGGCAGAGGAGAAACCUGCAGCCGGCAACCAGGAGGUACAGGCAGAGAGGAAAGUAGAGAGGGAACCACAAGGAGAAAUGCAAGGAGGUGAAAGAGUAGACAAAGGAGAAAUAGCUGCAGAGGGAGAAAGAGGAGAGGCGAUAGACCCAGGAAGAGAUGAAGGCAUUAAGAGCAUUAAUGGUGAUGAAAUAGGUGAUGAUAUUGUUCCAAAAGCUGCUCGACAACCCUCCAAAAAAGGCAAAGGAGGAGAGGAAGAAAAAAAGAAGAGAGGUGAGGAGAUGCAAAGAGAGCCGACACCGACUCCAACACUAGAGGAUGAGGGUGAGACCAGUCCCAAGGCCAAAGGUACGAAGAAGAGGGGGAAGAAGAGGCAGAGAGAGGGAGAGGGAGACGACACAGAGGGAGGAGUGAAAAAGAAGAGGAGUGUGAAAAAGAAAGAGGAGAGCUCUGAUUUGAACCCCAGCCCAUCUCGAGAAGGAGGGAAAAAAAGAAGAACCAAGAAAAAGGUAGAGGAAGAUGGAGAGGAGGAAGAGAAACCAAUUAAGGAACCCCAAAAAGCGCCCCAGGAGAACUUGAUGGGAGAAAUAGAUGAGGAAUUUCUGACCAAGAGAAUGUGUCAGAGUCAGCCUGUGAAACCCAAAGGCGUGAAAGCUCGAGAGGGUAACUUUGUGAAGAUAAACAUGAAGAAGAAAUCUCAUGUCAAAGGUUACGCACUCAGAGGGAUGGGUCUACGCAAACAGAUGUACAUGCAGAAGUUCCAGCUGAAAGGUGAACGUUUUGGUGGAGGUGCAGGCUUUGGCAGAGGAGGGAGAGGAGGCUUUAGGGGGGGGUUCAGUCGCCAGACCGACACCUGCUACAAGUGCAACGGGACUGGACACUGGGCCAAGGACUGCAAAGGACCAGCUCCUCCCCCUCCUAUUCCCGUGGACGAUGCAGUUGCAGAGGAGCCGUUUGAACUUCCAACUCUGGAGGAGGUUGCCAGGGCAACCGGAACCCUGCAAACUCAGUGGCUUGGGUCAUCCCCCAGUGUCAAUGAGGACCAACAGGACCAGGACAUUGAGGCGGAUCCUAAGCAUAAAGAGGACGUGUUGUUGGAAGUGAUCCGUCCUGAUUAUGAGAAGCCUGUUGCUCCGCCCCCGAUGGAACCGCUCUAUCCCCUCACAGAGGAUGGGAAAGUUCAGGAGACACCUGCUGAUGUGCAUGCGGCUCUGAAAGAACUCGGCUAUGAGUCGUUUAGACCAGGACAAGAGGAGGCCAUCAUGAGGAUCCUGUCAGGUCUCUCUACCCUGGUAGUGUUGUCAACAGGAAUGGGUAAAUCUUUGUGCUAUCAGCUUCCAGCCUACCUCUACGCUAAGAGGUCAAAAUCCAUCACACUGGUCAUCUCGCCUCUCGUCUCACUCAUGGAUGAUCAGGUGUCUGGUCUGCCAGCCAGUCUGAAGGCAGCCUGUAUCCACUCCAACAUGUCCAUGAAACAGAGGGAAGCUGCCAUAGAAAAGGUGAAGUCCGGCCAGGUGUGUUUGUUGCUCCUCUCUCCGGAGGCUCUUGUUGGUGGAGGUCGUUCAGGUACAGGCUGUCUACCCUCUGCUCAGGAGCUCCCUCCUGUGGCCUUCGCCUGUAUAGAUGAAGCUCACUGUGUCUCUGAGUGGUCACACAACUUCAGACCGUGUUACCUGAGGCUGUGCAAGGUACUAAGGGAGCGUUUGGGAGUGCAGUGCUUGCUGGGACUCACUGCCACAGCCACUCAAUCUACUGCUGUGGACAUCGCUAUGCAUCUGGACAUCACCGAUCCCGAGGGUAUCGCAGUCCGAUCUGCAGCAGUGCCUAACAACCUGUAUCUGUCUGUGUCCAUGGAUAGAGACAAGGAUCAGUCUUUAGUGGCCUUGUUGAAAGGCGACCGCUUUGGUUGUCUGGACUCCAUCAUCGUCUACUGCACCAGGAGAGAGGAGACAGCUCGAGUGUCUGCGCUGCUCAGGACCUGCCUGCAGGGGGUGCUGCUGAAAGAAAACAAAAACAGCAGCAGCCAGACACAAACCAACCCUGCAGCACAGAGGAAGAAAGACCUGGCAAGGAAGAAGUUACGUAAGCCGCUGAAGUGGCAGGCCGAGACGUACCACGCCGGCCUGUCAGGCUCCGAGCGCCGUCGUGUCCAGAACAACUUCAUGUGCGGGGAGCUUAGACUGGUGGUGGCCACUGUGGCUUUUGGCAUGGGCCUCGAUAAAUCUGAUGUUCGUGGUAUCAUCCACUACAACAUGCCAAAGAGCUUUGAGAGCUACGUGCAGGAGAUUGGGAGGGCAGGGAGAGACGGAGAACCUGCCCACUGUCACCUCUUCCUGGACCCUGAGGGUGGAGACCUCCACGAGCUCCGUCGUCACAUCUAUGCGGACACAGUGGACCACUACACAGUGAAGAGGCUGGUCCAGAAAGUGUUCCCUCCAUGCAAAUGUAAACUGAUACACCAGAAACAACAGGCGCUCAUCAAGGACAUUGAUGACUCUGAUCUGUUGGAGAUGAUGGAUGUGUGUGAUCAGGAGAUCAGUGUGAACCCUCCUACUCAGCAGGACAUAGAAGACGCAGACAAACCCAAACCUGCUGCUGCACAGGAGACGUCACAUCCCGGUCCAUUACCAAUCCAGGAAGACGGAGAUGAAGGAAAGGAAAAGGAGGCGUGCCAAGAGGAGGAGGCUGUAAAAGAUGAGGGAGCUGAUGCUUUGUGUGUGGAGGGGAAGGCAGCCGGCGAUGGGCUGAAAGAGGACAGAGGAGAGAGCAGGGAUUGGCCCCGAGAGCGAGUGUGUCACACUCACGAGAGAGCGAUUCCCAUCCAACAGACUGUGGAGACUCUGGACAUCACAGAGGAAGGUGUGGAAACUCUGCUCUGUUAUCUGGAGCUGCAUCCUCAGCGCUUCGUCGAACUCCUCCACCCCACCCUGUCUGUGUGUAAAGUCAGCUGCUAUGAUGGACCGAGACACCUCCAGAAAAUCACAAAAAUCUGUCCUCCAGUCUCGGUGGUUCUGGCCAGAAUGCGGAUGGCGGGCCAGAGAGUGGAGUCAUGUGAUCAGCUGGAGUUUGACGUGGUGGAGGUUGCGGACACUAUGGGAUGGCAGCUUCCUCUUGUGAAGAGGGGGCUCAGGCAGCUGCAGUGGAGCACCAGCAGAGCUGGUGGCCGUAGCGGCAUCCACGUGGAAUUCUCCUCUCCGUCCUUCUACUUCCGCUCCUUCGGCGACCUGAGUGACGAGGAGAUGGACAGAGUUUGUCAGUUCCUCUAUAAUCGAGUGAAGGACCAAGAGACCACGCAGCUCUACCAGCUGACGGCCUGUUUUAAGGCCUUCAAGAGUGUUGCCUUCAAGAGCGUCUUGUCCUGUGUGGAUGAUUUGGAUGCAGAACGCAGUCUGAAGCUGAAAGGCCUUCUCUCUGAAUACUUUGAAAAGCGGCGAGACAGAGAGCACACGCUCAAAACACUGGAGAUCGAGGAGCUCGACAGAUACAAACUGUUGGACUGGGAAAAUCAGAUCCGAGCCGACAUCAGAAGUUUCCUCUCCAACCGGAGCGACGAGAAGUUUUCUGGAAGAGCAGUUGCCAGAAUCCUCCAUGGCAUAGGAAGUCCGUGCUAUCCUGCCCUGACCUACGGCCGAGACAGACGUUACUGGAGGAAGUACAUUCAGUUCGACUUCAACCAGCUCAUCAGACUGGCCACUCAGGAAAUCAUACACUUCAAGUAACUGACCAGAAAUGAACAGAAACGCAUACUGAGGAUGCAAAAACACAGACGUGCACUUUCUAGAGCUUUGUUUUGGAUCAAUUCUACCAAAAAA